CCAGCUCUCGCAGCAGCUCCACUCACACUCUUCACUUCACUUUACUCAAAACUCCACUCCCCUUUCCUACUUCUUCCGCAGAACCUUCUCCCAGUCAUUAAACGCCAGUAGCACCCACCAGAUUCCAAUCCUUUCCCGACAAGUAAAGGACAAAAAAAAAGAUAAAUUUUUAAGAUUUCUUUUCUUUCCUUAGAUUUCACGAAAAAGUAGGAAUGCCGGCGAACGUGGAAUCGAAGCCACCUCCGAGGAUCGGCAAGAUCGGACCUUACACCGUCUUCAUAACCCCUCCUUCUACUCCCUCCACUCCUACAACUCCCAGUCCCCGACCCCUCUCCGACUCUCCCAAGAAAACCGUUCCCGCUUCUCCGCUUGCAUCGCCUGCCCCUGUUCAGCGGCCAACUCAGUCUCAUUCUCCUCCGCCUCCUCCGCCGCCUGCCGUUCAGGCUCCGCCUUCGCAGUUUUAUAGCACUAAACCAUCCCACAAGUCUCAUUCGACUUUUGGGUUCUUCUGGGAUGCCGUUGCCAAAGUUCAAAAUGCUCACGCGAGUUUGGAUGAGCACGUGGCGUAUUGGUUCGGGUUGAAUCAGUCCAAGUAUCAAUGGGCACUCGAUGAUUUCUAUGAAACAAAGGGAACUAAUCCAGGGGAUUCAAAGGCAAAAGGUUUAUCUGAUAAGGCACAGAACGUGUAAUUUGCUUGAUGGGCUGGUACUUUAAUGUUAACCAUAUCUUUCUUGCAUUGACAUGUACUCUUAAGGUGAGGUCCUGGUAAAUUGGAACAUUGUUGUCAUUCAGGGCAGAUGACAAGCCAUUGAUGCCACCUGAAAUUCCUGUCAAGUACAUGAUGUAUUUCAUAAGAGAAUUACCUGCUAAAUGCUUAAAAAGCUCUUCUCAAAUGCACUAUCUGUUUGGAGUUUUCAGCUAUUAUAAGAACUAGGGGAUUUCUAGUGAUUAAGCACUGGUUUCUGUAGUCUUUUGAAGUCACUACUGUAUUUUUUGGGCUAAGCCUUCAUGUUGAUAGUCUCAGUUGAGCAACCACCCAAUAUCGGCUAGUGUUGUUACCCUGAGUGGUGAAGUUUAUAUCAAUUGGCUUUGUAUUUGUAUUAUUAGCGUUUAAGGAAAUCAAUUUCCAAGUUCAAGAAU